AUGCUCCAACAUCGUGCCACCCUUUGGCAAUCCCGGUUCGGGAGACUGCUUGAUGGGACAUCGCCGCUUGUCCGCCAGUUCUCUGCCUCCCAGGGACAAGCGACGGACGGUCCCCGUCAGCCCCGACAUGACAACAUAGAUCAGUCCCGCUUCCCGAGCUCCCACUCUCGCUUGCAGAGGACUGGUGUUCAGGCGUCGACUUCGCGUUCGAAGCCUGCGAACUCUGAGCGCCCCCGCCCUCGACGAGUCUUCGACGCCAGAUCACUCGCAGCCCCUCAGGCCGGUGGUCAGCCUGCGAACGUUAUUAGAAACCCCCGACUCCGGAACCCCCGUAGUGGUUCCCCGGCGUACGGACGUGGGUCUCGGCCUCCUACAAAGUCUGCCGCUUUGAGGAAUAAGAAAGGACCUCGCACACGAACCGCAAGGCCACGGGAUCUGGAUGAAGGAGAAGACGUGCAAAAAGUCGAAAUCGAAGAAGGCUAUCGCAAGCUCGCGGAGAGAACGAAAAUCUCCCCAAGUCACUAUAAUCCCAAGGCUCCCAUGCUCUCCAAUCUGGAAAGAACGUGGCCUUCUUUUCCUACCAAUUCGGGCGCCCAUCACUCCACGAUUAUUGAUAAGUUGCUUCGCAUAAGUGAUCGCACGCCAAAUGGUUAUGUCCCACCUCAGGAGCUUGGUAGACGGCUCUUCAAUGGUCAAUAUGUUCAUUUUUUGGACGAGGAAGAGAAAUCGCAAGCCCUAGUGGAAGCCAGCAAACUUUCACAACAGCGUGCCGAUGAGUACUCACAACGCAAAGGCGACCUUGUGGAACCCGAAAAAGUAGAGUUUGAACAGAUCAACACUGAUGACCGGGGAGUUCUGUUGCAAUCGUUGGUUCAGGGGAAAUACACCAAAACCGAACCUCUCGGCAAGGUUUCCGUGGUUGACGGAGUCAUUCAGAAUCUUGCCAACAACGAGACCUAUCAAGCAGCUGGCAAGAGCUCCCAGUUUGUUUCCAAGCUUGAAUCUCUCAUGGCGUCCAGUCGUCCCAUGAAGCGUGCGUGA